AUGGAGGAGGAGGAAAAGGGAUCGGUUGGCAGAAAAGUGGUCACAACACACAAGCCACAGACUGCUGCAUCCAGUCCCAAAAGAAAGAAAAGAUCCCUGCUCAUCCCUACAGAACAACGGCUUUCCUUUCUGAGGGCUGCUAAUGGAUGUCUGAGAGGGGAGAGGGGUCCAGAAAUUUGCCCAAAGCCCAUUCUGAGGAUCGGUUGGCAGAAAAGUGGUCACAACACACAAGCCACAGACUGCUGCAUCCAGUCCCAAAAGAAAGAAAGGAUCCCUGCUCAUCCCUACAGAACAACAGCUUUCCAUUUGAGGGCUGCUAAUGGAUGUCUGAGAGGGAAGAGGGGUCCAGAAAUUUGCCCAAAGCCCAUUCUGAGGAUCGGUUGGCAGAAAAGUGGUCACAACACACAAGCCACAGACUGCUGCAUCCAGUCCCAAAAGAAAGAAAGGAUCCCUGCUCAUCCCUCCGGAACAACAGCUUUUUCCAUUCUGAGGGCUGCUAAUGGAUGUCUGAGAGGGAAGAGGGGUCCAGAAAUUUGCCCAAAGGCCAUUCUGAGGAUCGGUUGGCAGAAAAGUGGUCACAACACACAAGCCACAGACUGCUGCAUCCAGUCCCAAAAGAAAGAAAGGAUCCCGGCUCAUCCCUACAGAACAACAGCUUUUUCCAUUCUGAGGGCUGCUAAUGGAUGUCUGAGAGGGGAGAGGGGUCCAGAAAUUUGCCCAAAGGCCAUUCUGACGAUUGGUUGGCAGAAAAGUGGUCACAACACACAAGCCACAGACUGCUGCAUCCAGUCCCAUAAGAAAGAAAGGAUCCCUGCUCAUCCCUCCGGAACAACAGCUUUUUCCAUUCUGAGUUACGGUGGCAGAAGCCCAAAGGCGGCCCACAGAGGCACUUUCAGAUACACAUGCCUGACUGAGGCAGAAGAGUCAUGGCAACCCAAGGCAACACAGGCUGGCAAUAUUCAUUCCUAUGGAAUGCGAUGGUGGAAGAGUCAGACAUCUCUCCUCCUCGACUAGUCUGUGAUGUCCUACCAACCAGAGGGAGAGCGCUUCUCCCCCAACAUGCAAAGAUCAUGGAUACCUCUCACUCAACUUGUCUCUCUCUGCUUCCACAAAGACUGAAGAAGAGCAAGAAUUAAGAAGCAGGAGCCCAAUUCAAUGUAGCAUUGGGGCUCAGAGUAUAGGGAACAGCUUUCCCAGGAAGGCAAUAAACACUUCAUCACCUGCCCAAA